CCAUACAAGCCCACUAUAUCGCAAGGCUCAGCUGCACCUGCCCACUGCGUUGUUGUGGUCGGAGUCACUAUUUGGCAGGGGGAACCUCAGGAGGAGGAGGAGGCAUUUCUCCGAGACGCCGACAGCAGCAGCGUGCGGGCACAGAUUCAGCACCACCGCGUUGAGGAAAGCGUCCGGAUCGAGUCGAGUUCCACUGUGGUCUGAGUGAUCGGGGAGGACGGUUUGGUUGUUGUAAGGGGGACUACUCAGUGAAACCAGGCGCUGCGCACAGUUGUGAGGAGCUGCAAGACGUGUCAUCACCAACGGUUAAAGAAACCAUGACGACCGCCACAUCCCCCAUCCUGUUGAAAUGGGACCCCAAGAGUCUUGAAAUCCGCACCCUGACUGUGGAGAGGCUUUUGGAGCCCCUGGUUACACAGGUGACUACUUUGGUGAACACCAGCAACAAAGGGCCAUCUAGUAAGAAGAAGGGACGCUCCAAGAAGGCCCACGUCUUGGCCGUGUCUGUCGAGCAAGCUACCCAGAACUUCCUGGAGAAGGGCGAGCAGAUCGCCAAAGACAGCCAGGACCUCAAGGAGGAGCUCAUUGCUGCUGUGGAGGACGUUCGCAAGCAAGGAGAGACGAUGCGUAUUGCCUCGUCAGAGUUUGCCGAUGACCCGUGUUCCUCCGUGAAACGUGGCACGAUGGUGAGGGCGGCCCGCGCCCUGCUCUCCGCCGUCACCCGCUUGCUCAUCCUCGCCGACAUGGCCGACGUCAUGAGGCUGCUUGCCCACCUUAAAAUUGUAGAGGAAGCCUUAGAGGGUGUAAAGAAUGCAACCAAUGAGCAGGACCUGGCAAACCGCUUCAAGGAGUUCGGGAAGGAGAUGGUGAAGCUUAACUAUGUGGCAGCCCGCAGACAGCAGGAACUUAAAGACCCCCAAUGUCGAGAUGAGAUGGCGGCUGCCCGUGGGGCCCUCAAGAAAAAUGCCACCAUGCUCUACACGGCCUCACAGGCCUACCUGCGACACCCAGACGUGGCGGCCACACGUGCAAACCGAGACUACGUGUUCAAGCAGGUGCAGGAAGCCAUAGGAGGCAUUUCCAGUGCUGCUCAGGCCACCUCGCCCACUGAUGAGAAGCAUGGCCAUGCUGGCAUCGGAGAACUGGCUGCUGCCCUCAAUGAAUUUGAUAACAAGAUCAUCCUGGACCCUUUGACGUUCAGCGAGGCCCGUUUCCGACCCUCUCUCGAGGAACGCUUGGAGAGCAUCAUCAGUGGUGCCGCACUAAUGGCUGACUCUUCAUGCACGCGUGACGACCGGCGCGAACGCAUCGUGGCCGAGUGCAACGCCGUGCGACAGGCCCUUCAAGACUUGCUGAGCGAGUACAUGAACAAUACCGGCAGGAAAGAGAAAGGCGACCUGUUGAAUUCAGCCAUCGACAAAAUGACCAAAAAGACCAGGGACCUGCGCAGACAGCUGAGAAAGGCGGUGAUGGACCACAUCUCGGACUCUUUCCUGGAGACCAAUGUCCCCCUCUUGGUGCUCAUCGAAGCGGCUAAGAGCGGAAACGAGAAGGAGGUCAAGGAGUACGCCCAGGUGUUCCGUGAACAUGCCAACAAGCUGGUCGAGGUGGCCAACCUGGCUUGCUCCAUCUCCAACAAUGAAGAGGGCGUGAAGUUGGUUCGUAUGGCUGCCACCCAAAUCGACAGCCUAUGUCCACAGGUUAUCAACGCUGCACUCACUCUGGCCGCCCGCCCCCAAAGCAAGGUGGCCCAGGACAACAUGGACGUGUUCAAGGAUCAGUGGGAGAAGCAGGUGCGCAUCCUGACCGAAGCUGUGGAUGACAUCACCUCUGUGGACGACUUCCUUUCGGUGUCAGAGAACCACAUCCUUGAGGAUGUCAACAAAUGCGUAAUUGCUCUGCAAGAAGGAGAUGUUGACACUCUUGACCGGACCGCUGGAGCCAUCCGGGGCCGGGCUGCUCGUGUGGUCCACAUCAUUAACGCUGAGAUGGAAAACUACGAACCUGGGGUUUACACUGAGCGUGUGCUGGAGUCCAUCAAGCUUUUGUCUGAGACAGUCAUGCCCCGAUUUGCAGAACAAGUGGAGGUGGCUAUCGAGGCGCUGAGUACGAACCCCCCGCAGGCCUUUGAGGAGAAUGAGUUCAUUGAUGCAUCCCGUUUGGUGUACGACGGCGUCCGGGACAUCAGGAAAGCUGUCCUCAUGAUACGGGAUUCCUGCACAAUGGGGCACCAAGUCAAAAGAAAAUUGCCCUUCUCAUAUACACCCGAGGAGCUGGAAGACGACUCUGACUUUGAACAAGAGGACUAUGAUACUCGCAGCAGGACUAGUGUCCAGACCGAAGAUGACCAGCUUAUUGCUGGACAAAGUGCUCGGGCCAUCAUGGCGCAGCUACCCCAGGAGGAGAAGGCCAAGAUCGCUGAGCAGGUGGAGAGCUUCCGACAGGAGAAGUGCAAGCUGGAUGCGGAAGUGGCCAAAUGGGAUGACAACGGCAAUGACAUCAUUGUGCUGGCCAAGCAGAUGUGCAUGAUCAUGAUGGAGAUGACGGACUUUACCAGAGGCAAAGGCCCCCUGAAGAACUCCUCAGAUGUGAUCAACGCCGCCAAGAAGAUUGCAGAGGCCGGUUCCAGGAUGGACAAAUUGGCCCGCGCUGUUGCAGAUCAGUGCCCUGAUUCGGCGUGUAAGCAGGAUCUGCUGGCCUACCUGCAGAGAAUCGCCUUGUACUGUCAUCAGCUCAACAUUUGCAGCAAGGUGAAGGCUGAGGUUCAGAACCUGGGUGGAGAGCUCAUCGUCUCCGGGCUGGAUAGCGCCACGUCCCUGAUCCAAGCGGCCAAGAACCUGAUGAACGCGGUGGUGCUGACUGUAAAGGCCUCGUACGUGGCCUCCACCAAGUACCAGAAGGUGUACGGGACGGCGGCGGUCAACUCGCCCGUGGUGUCCUGGCGCAUGAAGGCCCCCGAGAAGAAGCCUCUGGUGAAGCGGGAGAAGCCCGAGGAGUGUCAGACGCGCGUUCGACGAGGCUCGCAGAAGAAACACAUCUCCCCUGUCCAGGCCCUCAGCGAAUUCAAGGCCAUGGACUCCUUCUAAGAAAGAAAAGAGUCCCGAGUCAUACCUACCCCAAGAAAAACAACAAAACAUGCCGCUGACAAGUUGAAGAAGAAAAAAAGUCCCUUUUUACAUUGUGUUAACCCGCCUCUGUUUGCCCGGUGUGUGCUUGGUGACAUCUCAGGAGGACUCCAGUACAUAUUAAACUGCCACACUGAGGCUCCUUCCAAAACACCGUGGGCCUCGUGGCUCACAGACGAGCCAGCACACACCCGACACUAUUUAUCGACCUUAUUGUAGCUUAAUAUGUGGAAGCCAAAAUGUGACACGAACACAACUACUUUUGAGUGUAAAAAAAGAAAAAAAAAGGAGAAACAUAUCAGAGGAGGAAGAGUGUCAUGUUAAAAAUCUGUGGCAGUUGAUGUUCUAGCUAUAUCAUUAACGUGCUACUGACUGGCUGCUUGUAUACACAUGUAAACUGUCUGAAUGGAAUCCCUGAAUGGUGCCGUAGAGAAGUUAAGUAAGGGAAUAUAUCAGUGUUGGUAUGCUCCCUCUCGAUAUAUAUAUUAUUUUUUUUCAAUUUGAAUGUUAACCUGUAGUGUUAGGAAUAACUUAUGUUAAAGAUAACUGGACGUGUCAGCAUCCAAGUAGUUCCCCUGUUCCUGACGAUUAUAAUAAUAAUAAUAAUCCAUACGGUGUUUUUUUUCCAAAGCACACUUAUGGUCUAUUGUAUUGCCUUUUAAAAUUCAUUUAUUUAAUUAAUACAUCACUAACUAUGAUGACCUUGAUUGGAAGUUGUGUAGCGUAUAAAUAUAGAGAGAGAGAGGUUUGACUAGUUGUGGUUUGCUCAGAGAAUAGAAAUCCCUGCAUACAGUACCUUUAUAUUCACCCUUCUCUAAUAAACCCCUCAACUUGACCCUCAAA